CCGUAGUGGCACUCUCUCAGCUGCUACUGUCCCGGGCGAACAUGGCGGCCCCCGAGUCUGGGCCGGCUUUGAUUUCGGGCACCGCAUCACCGGAGGGGGAGGAGGAGACAAUUCUCUAUGAUUUGUUAGUUAAUACCGAGUGGCCACCGGAGACAGAAGUACAGCCUAGAGGCAACCGAAAACAUGGUGCAUCCUUUAUCAUCACAAAAGCAAUUAGAGAUCGUUUAUUAUUUUUACGCCAAUACAUCUGGUACAGCCCUGCACCUUUUUUGCUCCCAGAUGGACUGGUUCGCUUGGUUAAUAAACAGAUAAACUGGCAUUUGGUACUCGCAAGCAAUGGGAAACUUUUGGCUGCUGUUCAAGACCAGUGUGUGGAAAUCAGGUCAGCAAAAGAUGAUUUUACAUCUAUUAUUGGGAAAUGUCAAGUUCCCAAAGACUCGAAACCCCAGUGGAGACGAGUGGCGUGGAGUUAUGAUUGUACCCUGCUAGCCUAUGCUGAAAGCGCAGGAACUGUGAGAGUGUUUGAUCUCAUGGGAAGUGAACUCUUCGUCAUUUCCCCUAUAACCGAGAUGAGUAAAGUGACUUAUCCUGUGGUAAUCCAGUUAACAAGUUUCUCCUCUGUGAAUCCAAUGCUGUGUAGUUUGUAUCUUUCUUCUGCAAAUGAACAAGGUACAGAGGCAUCUAGUUUUGCAGGUGAUUUGAGCUAUGCCAUCGCUGGCUUGAUAUUUUUAGAAUACAAAGCAAGUGCACAGUGGUCUGCAGAACUCUUGGUCAUCAAUUACCGAGGAGAACUUAGAAGUUACCUUGUAAGUGUUGAAACAAAUCAGAGCUACCAAGAAAGUCACAGUUUCAGCUUUAGUAGUUAUUAUCCUCAUGGAAUCAACACAGCUAUUUACCAUCCUGGCCACAGACUUUUACUGGUUGGUGGAUGUGAAAAUGCUGAAGCGGGCCUAUCAAAAGCUUCUAGCUGUGGCCUUUCUGCCUGGAGAGUUCUUUCAGGAUCACCUUAUUACAAGCAGGUCACCAGUAGUGGAGAUAGAGUUGUUGUGGUACCAAAGACUCUGGGAUUAUUAAGGAUAUUAAGUGUCAAGUUUUACAGUCGCCAGGAACAAGAACAGGAUGGGAUCUUUAAGAUGAGCCUUUCUCCAGAUGGGACUCUCCUUGCAGCCAUUCACUUCUCAGGGAAAUUAAGCAUCUGGGCCAUUCCAUCUCUGAAGCAACAAGGGGAGUGGAAUCAAAAUGAGCAGCCAGGCUACGAUGACCUUAAUCCUGACUGGAGGCUCUCUACUGAGAAGAGAAGAAAAAUAAAAGAUAAAGAGUCCUUUUACCCACUGAUAGAUGUAAAUUGGUGGUCAGAGAGUGCAGUUACUUUGGCUCGCUGUUCUGGUGCUUUGACUGUUUCAUCUGUGAAAACUUUGAAGAAUUUACUGGGAAAAUCCUGUGAAUGGUUCGAGCCAUCACCUCAAGUCACUGCUACCCAUGACGGAGGAUUUUUAAGUUUGGAGUGUGAGAUUAAACUUGCCCCCAAAAGGUCUCGCUUGGAGACUAGGCCUGGAGAAGAAGAUGAAGGAGAAGAGGAUUCCGAUUCUGAUCACGAGAUGUCUGCCAAGGCUCGCUACUUUGGUUACAUAAAGCAGGGCCUUUACUUAGUGACUGAAAUGGAACGAUUUGCACCACCGCGGAAACGCCCACGAAGCAUUACUAAAAACUACCGCCUUGUGAGUUUGAGAUCUACAACUCCAGAGGAACUUUAUCAGCGAAAGAUUGAAAGUGAAGAAUACGAGGAGGCCUUGUUCCUGGCGCGUACCUAUGGCCUGGAUACUGACCUGGUAUAUCAGAGGCAGUGGAGGAAGUCAGCAGUCAACAUUGCUUCAAUUCAGAAUUACUUGAGUAAAAUAAAGAAACGAUCCUGGGUUCUUCAUGAGUGUUUGGAAAGAGUUCCUGAAAAUGUGGAUGCUGCCAAAGAACUGCUUCAGUAUGGAUUAAAAGGCACCGACCUGGAGGCUCUUGUAGCAAUAGGGAGAGGAGCAGAUGAUGGCAGAUUUACAUUACCUGGGGAAGUAGAUAUUGACAGCAUCUCUUACGAGGAGCUUUCGCCUGAUAAAGAAGAGCCUUCCGAAAAUAAAAAGGCAAAAGAGCUCAUGAAGAGACGAGAACUGCUUAAAUUAGUGAACUUUUCAAAGUUAACACUGGAACAAAAGGAACUUUGCCGUUGUAGACUGAAAUUAUUAACCUACUUAGAUCGACUUGCAACAUAUGAGGAAAUUCUAGGAGUGCCUCAUACGUCUGAACAGAGAUAUGAUGCUGAAUUCUUUAAGAGGUUCAGAAAUCAGAAUAUUGUUCUCUCAGCAAGAACUUAUGCUCGGGAGAGUAAUGUACAAGCCCUAGAAAUUCUCUUCACUUAUCAUGGCUCAGACCUGCUUCCUCACCGUCUUGCGAUUCUUUCCAACUUCCCAGAGACCGCUUCUCCACACGAAUAUUCUGUAUUGCUGCCUGAAGCUUGUUGUACCGCUGACUCCUUGGUGAUCAUUCCUUGGCAUGAACGUAAACACCGGGAUAAAGAUUGGUGCGAGGAGUCUGAGUGCAGAAUGGUGGUUGAGCCAAGUCUCCAAGAUGAAAGUGAAUUCUUGUAUGCUGCACAGCCUGAAUUACUCAAAUACAGGACAUCUCAGCUUGCAGUCGAGAAGGUUACGGAAUGGUAUCAAACCCGAGCGGAGGCAAUAGAGCACUACGCCCGACAGGUUGACUGUGCAUUGUCACUUAUUCGGCUUGGAAUGGAGCGGAGUAUUCCUGGUUUGCUGGUUCUGUGUGAUAAUUUGGUUACUCUGGAAACAUUGGUUUAUGAAGCUGGGUGUGACAUAACCCUCACCUUGAAAGAGCUCCAGCAGAUGAAAGACAUUGAAAAACUAAGAUUACUGAUGAAUAGUUGUUCUGAAGAUAAGUAUGUGACAAGCGCCUAUCAAUGGAUGGUUCCUUUUCUUCAUCGCUGUGAGAAACAGUCUCCUGGUGUGGCUAAUGAGCUAUUAAAAGAAUAUUUGGUAACUUUAGCUAAAGGGGACUUAAAAUUUCCCCUGAAGAUAUUCCAACAUUCCAAACCAGAUCUACAGCAAAAAAUUAUUCCUGAUCAGGACCAGCUGAUGGCAAUAGCACUAGAGUGCAUCUAUAACUGUGAACGAAAUGACCAGCUCUCUCUUUGCUAUGACAUAUUAGAAUGUCUGCCACAAAGAGGAUAUGGUGAAAACACAAAGGUGACCAUAGCUCUCCAUGACAUGGUAGACCAACUGGAACAAAUCCUCAGUGUUUCAGAGCUUUUGGAGAAACAUGGACUUGAGAAACCGAUUUCAUUUGUUAAGAACACUCAGUCUAGCUCAGAAGAGGCACGCAAGCUGAUGGUUAGAUUGACCAGGCACAUGGGUCGGAAGCAGCCUCCUGUCACUGAGUCCCAUUGGAGAACGCUGCUGCAAGACAUGUUAGCUAUGCAGCAGAGUGUUUACACAUGUCUCGAUUUUGAUGCUUGCUUUGAGAUAUUUACUGAAAGUCUUCUAUGCUCCAGUCACCUUGAAAAUAUCCACCUGGCUGGGCAGAUGAUGCAUUGCACUGCUUGCUCCAUAAAUCCACCAGCUAGUGUAGCCCACAAAGGAAAAACCCAGUACAGGGUCAGUUAUGAAAAAAGUAUUGACUUGGUUUUGGCUGCUAGCAGAGAGUACUUCAAUUCUUCUACCAGCCUCACUGAUAGCUGCAUGGAUCUGGCCAGGUGCUGCUUACAACUGAUAACAGAUAGACCCAGUGCCAUUCAAGAGGAGCUGGAUCUUAUCCAAGCUCUUGGAUGUCUUGAAGAGUUUGGGGUAAAGAUCCUGCCUUUGCAAGUACGAUUGUUCUCUGAUCGGAUUGGCCUCAUCAAAGAAUGUAUUUCCCAGUCCCCCACAUGCUACAAACAAGCAGCCAAACUUCUGGGCCUUGCAGAGUUGCUGAGAGUAGCUGGUGAAGACUCAGAAGAAAGACGAGGACAGGUUCUAAUUCUUUUAGUAGAGCAAGCUCUUCGUUUCCAUGACUACAGAGCAGCCAAUAUGCAUUGUCAGGAGCUGAUGGCUACAGGUUAUUCUAAAAGUUGGGAUGUUUGUAGCCAGUUAGGACAAUCAGAAGGCUACCAGGAUGUGACCACUCGUCAGGAGCUCAUGGCUUUUGCUUUGACACAUUGCCCUCCUACCAGCAUUGAAAGUCUUUUGGCAGCUAGUAGCUCUCUGCAAACGGAAAUUUUGUAUCAAAGACUGAAUUUCCAGAUCCAUGCAGAGGGAGAGGAAAAUAUCAGUGUUUCACCAUUUAUUAGUAAAGCGCUACAAGAGGAUGAAGUAAAUGUUCCAGGCACCAAGUCUUCUGACCUGUUACACUGGACCACUGCUACCACCAUGAAAGUUCUUUCCAGUACCACGACUACUACCAAGGCUGUGCUGCAAGCUGUCAGUGAUGGACAGUGGUGGAAGAAGUCUUUAACUUACCUUCGACCCCUUCAGGGGCAAGAAUUUGGUGAUGCGUCUCAAAUUGGAAAUGUAGCCAAUGAAGAUCUAGAAAAACAAGGCUGUCACCCAUUUUAUGAAUCUGUUAUCUCUAAUCCUUUUGUCACUGAGUCUGAAGGAACCUAUGACACCAAUCAGCAUAUACCAAUAGAAAGCUUUGCAGAAGUAUUGCUGAGAACCGGAAAACUGGCAGAGACAAAAACUGAAGCAGAAGCAUUUCCAACAACAGAAGUUCUCUUACAGCUAGCCAACGAUGCUUUACCAAACGACAUGACCUUGGCUCUUGCUUAUCUCCUUGCUUUGCCACAGGUGUUAGAUGCUAACAAGUGCUUUGAAAAGCAACCCCACUCGGCUUUAUCUCUCCAGCUGGCCGCGUAUUACUACAGCCUACAGAUCUAUGCCCGCUUGGCACCAUGUUCCAGGGGCGAGUGCCAUCCUCUUUACAGGGCUGAUCCCAAAGAACUAAUCAUGGUGGUCACUAGGCACGUGACUCAACAUGGAUGCGAAGCCUGGCCUGAGGACCUCAUCUCAUUGACUAAGCAGUUACACUACUACAAUGAACGUCUCCUGGACUUCACUCAAGCUCAGAUCCUUCAGGGCCUUCGGAAGGGGGUGGAUGUGCAGCGGUUCACUGCAGAUGACCAGUAUAAAAGGGAGACUAUCCUGGGUCUGACAGAAACACUUGAGGAAAAUGUCUACAGCAUCGCUCUUUCUCUGGCACAACGUUAUAGUGUGUCCUGUUGGGAAGUUUUUAUGACCCAUUUGGAGUUCCUGUUCACUGACAGUGGUUUGUCCACAGUAGAAAUUGAAAAUCGAGCCCAAGCUCUUCAUCUUUUUGAGACUUUGAAGACUGAUCCUGAAGCCUUUCACAAGCACAUGGUCAAAUAUAUUUACCCCACUAUCGAUGGCUUAGAUCAUGAAAGACUUCUGUAUUAUUUUACCCUUCUGGAAAACUGUGGCUGUGCACAUUUUGGGAAAUAUGCCAUUAAACCAGACACCCACAUUCGACUACUGAAGAAAUUUAAGGUAGUUGCAGCAGGUCUUAAUUACAAAAAGCUGACAGAUGAAAACAUGAGCCCUCUUGAAGCAUUGGAGCCAGUUCUUUCAAGCCAAAAUAUCUUAUCUAUUUCCAAACUUGUUCCCAAAAUCCCUGAAAAGGAUGGAUGUAUGCUUUCCCCAAGCUCUCUGUAUACCAUCUGGUUACAGAAGUUGUUCUGGACUGGAGACCCUCACCUCAUUAAACAAAUCCCCGAGUCCUUGCCAGAGUGGCUUCAUGCCUAUGAUGUCUGCAUGAAGUACUUUGAUCGACUCCACCCCAGUGACCUCAUCACUGUGGUUGAUGCAGUUACAUUUUCUCCAAAAGCUGUGACCAAGCUUUCCGUGGAAGCACGUAAAGAAAUGACUGUAAAAACUAUUAAGAUAGUCAAACAUUUUAUUGAGAAGCCAAGGAAAAGAAAUGCAGAAGAAAGUAUUCAAGAAACUGGUGAUUCUGAAGUUACCUAUGCAGAUACUUUGAAUCACCUGGAGAAAUCACUUGCCCACCUCGAAACCCUCAGCCAUAGCUUCAUCGUUUCUCUGAAGAAUAGUGAGCAGGAAGCGCUGCAGAAAUACAGUAACCUCUAUGAUCUGUCCCGAUCAGAAAAAGAGAAAGUUCACGAUCAAGCUGUGGCCAUGUGUUUAGAUGGUCAGCCUCUAAGAAUGAUACAGCAGCUGCUAGAGGUGGCUGUUGGCCCCCUUGGCGUCUUGGCCAAGGACGUAGUACAGAGCGCGAUAACCAAAAUAAUUUGCGCGUUAAGUGGAGGCAUUGCUGAUCUUGGUGGGCCACGAGACCCGCUCCAAGUCUUGGAAGGUGUUGUUGCAGCAGUCCAUGCCAGUGUGGAGAAGGGAGAAGAGCUAGUUUCUUCUGAGGACCUGCUAGAGUGGCUGAGGCCUUUCUGUGCGGAUGACAACUUACCCGUGAGGCCCCGCAUCCGUGUGCUGCAGAUCGUAGAGCAGUCCUUCCAUCUGACUGAGGAGGAUGGCAAGCUCCUUGUGUUCUUUAGGACAGAGGCCAUUCUCAAAGCUGCUUGGCCCCAGCGACAGGUAGACGUAACAGACAUUGAAAAUGAAGAGAACCGCUACUCUCUCUUUACGGAGCUCCUAGAAUCCAGUUACCAUGAGGUUGACUUUCAGCACUUGGUUUUACUCUUGCAAGCCUGGCCACCUAUGAAAAGUGAAGAUGUAACCAGUCUGAGCAAAAACUCAUGGGUGAGACUAGCUACCGUGAUGUUAACCAGAUGUACGGCAGAGAACAAGGAAAGACUGGGAAAUGAAGUUCUGAAAAUAUGUCGGUCUUUAUAUAACACCACACAGAUGCUUCCUGCACAGUGUGUCAAGGAGCUGUGCUUGCUGAUGCUGAAGCAGUCCCUCCUGCUGCCGCCCCUGAAACUGCUCCUGGAGAGCCAAGAUGAGAGUCUCCGUGCUCUGGCACUGGAGCAAAUCACCGCUGUCGCGCAGGUGGAUGAUUCAAACUGUGACCAAGAACUUCUUUCCCUGCUCCUGGAUGCCAAACUGUUGGCGAAGUGUAUCUCCACUCCCUUUUAUCCUCGUAUCGUCGACCACCUCUUGGCCAGCCUACAGCAAGGGCGUUGGGAUGCAGAGGAGCUGACCAGGAACCUGUGGGAAGCCGGCCAUGAAGCUGAAGCCGGGUCGCUCCUCCUAGCCAUAAGGGGAACUCAUCGAGCUUUGAGAACUUUCAGCACAGCCCUCAGAGCAGGACAGCACUGGGUGUGAGUGUGCCUUCCAUAGGCCCAAAACACAAUCACUAGUCUCCCAGUUCCUUGGGGAGAAGAACACCCAGAGCCAAAUGCUCUUCCCAGAAGCAACAUGUGUACUAGUUAAUUGUUCCAAGUGAUUCCAGCAAAUUGCAAAUAAAGCUGUACAUAAAUGAUGAGCAAGCUUCUAUUUAAAAUUUGUUUAUAUGUCUUAUAGUGACAGCUUUCUUACGGAUUAAGGGAGACUCUUCCCCCCCACCACCAUCUCUUUUUAAAUGCCUUGUCUCAACAGAAUGCAGUUAUCAAAGUACCUAAAGCUGCAGUUCAGAAAACUAGACGUGGUGGUAGGGAGGGUUGUAUUAAGAAGGGAGAGAGUAAUGGAGAAGUAAAUGGUUGGGGCAUCUGUCGAAGAUGAGGAGGAAAGAUGGUCUGGGUUCAAAUCUCAAUCAUGUAACCUUGAGCAAAUUAUUCAAUCUCUCUGAACCUUAGUCCGUUAUCUAUAAAAUGACAGUUGCAUUAUUUAUCUCACAAGGUAGUUGAGUAUUCUAUGAGGUUGUGUGUGAAAGGCUCUGUCAGAUACACAGUGAGGGCCCAAUAAAUGUUAAUCUCCUUCCCCUCACUGGUAUUACAGUAGGAGUGUGUAUAUAUAUGAAUUAUGACUUUAAGACACAGUUCAGGCCAUAGUCAAAUGAUCAAUACCGACACAUAGAAGCUGCCUACACUUGAAUAAGGGCCACCAUAACUUACCAGAACCAAAAUAUUCAAGUUGACAAAUGUCAUAUCUGUAAAACUAUAUAGCCAGGUAGGUGGGGUAGCAGAGCUGAAAUAUACAUAGGGGAGGAUUGACGUAUUGGUGUUCACUAAUUUGCAAGUAGCCAGUUAUAGCAAGAGUGUGAAUACCAACACCCCUAGGGAAACCAACUACAGAAGGCAUGUUCCCUACUGUAGAGGAUAAGAACUCUGGUUCUUAACUUAUGGGCACUUGUCCCCAGUGCAAAAGUGAAGAUGGAGGCUGUGGCUGGGUGCUCUGGCCUUAGCUGUGGUGAGAGUCUUCACACCAGGUCCAAGGUACAGCAGCAGUAUGGGCAGCAUGGGGAGAGAGAGGAAUCCACACUUACAUGGGGACUAACAGGUCAUCAGAGGCAUCCACCUUGAGCCCAUGGUGGACUCUUUACCCUUACCUAAAGAAAUAUUUGC